AUGAGACCCCCUUUAGAUAACAAAGUUUUAGAAGAAGGAUCAAUUAAGUUAUCUUCAAACAUAAUAGGAGUAGCUCAAGCUAGAGAAAAGCAUGAUGAAUAUAUUGCUAAACAAGAAGAAACUCUUGGCUGGUGUAUUCCAGGAUAUGAAGAUAUAAAAGCUAAGGGCUCUAUAUAUAAUAGCAAUAUUAUUGAUCCUAUAUAUAUCAAUUGUAGGAAGUCUUAUGGUUCUUUUAAUGUAAUAAUGGAUAAACAUUACAAAUCAAUUAUAUCAAGGAGAAAUAAUGAAUUAAAGGCUAGAAAUGAGUCAUAUGAAAUUAGUUUUCUUUCUAAGAUGAAUAAACUAAAGUAG